GUAACACACUGGUUUGAAUUUGACAAGGCGAGAGACGCAUAACUUAAUUUGUGGCUACCGAGGUGCACAUGGAAUUGACCUGGGAUACAGUUCCCUGCGAUGGCACCAUUUUCUUCUCCCGAGACCUGUAUGAUAAGCACUCCUUGGCGCCCACCGUGAAGGAGCUUUGGGCUAUAGCACAAAGCAGUGCUUCAGCAACAGCUGAAGUAAAGACGGAGUCAGCGGUAGAUGCCAGUGACAAAAACGCCGACUGCCCGCCCUCGGCAGUACCAGAGAAGGGUAACCUGAGCGCAGCCCAGAACCCCGAGUGCGGUUCCCCUGCCAGCGACGCCUUCCCGGAACCCCGAGUGCCAUUCCCCGGUUUCUCCAUGCUGACGAGCCGAGAGCAGCAGACAUACGUGCGCCUGCUGAUGAACAAGACACAAAACGAAUCCUUCCAGCUGCUGCACGACAGAGUGAUGUUUGAAACAACAGAGUUCAUGAAGUACCUACAAGAUGUGGCGAGGAUUUGUGCAGACGAUUACAACUACCUGUCCCCUGGAGCAGCUCGGUACGCAGAGGAGUGUCUCAGAGCCAGCCUGGAGAAGGUGAAGAACUACCCACCAGUUUAUCUCCUUCAAGAAAUGACCAGCAUAACAGGGGGAAAAUUCAACCCGGAGCUAUCCCUGAACUUUGAGAAACAGCUGCUGGCAUUGGGCAAGGUGACUACAGGGGAUUUCUACAAGGCGCUUCCCAAAGAUGUCCAGUUAGCAGUGGACUACGAGACCGUGUUUGCAGAGACUCCUCCAGAGAAGAAAGCAAGUCUUGCAUGCAGAGACAUCAGCAGUGAUCAGAAUGCAGAGAAUCUGUGUGCAAGAUAUGACCCUCACGUGUGUCUGACCAAUCAGGCGUUUGUCAGACUCCUUAACAACCAUGGACCAGACUACUGUGACCAAUGGGAGAUACCUGUCUGUGUGAAGGAGACCUCUGGGAAAGAUUCGAGGAAGGUGGUCUACAUCGAUUCACCACUAGUGAAGACAGAGAUGACCGUGAGGGAGAAGAGCCUGCUUUUCCAGGAGGAGAGCAUGAAACUGGCGCUGAAGAGGACCGGUUCCAAGAAAGUGUUCGAGCUCCUGCUGGACCACCCGGAGUCGGAACAGCUGCCUCCCCUACCUGAGACCUGCUCAAGAAGUUUAGUUGCUUUUGAUGACACUGGGGUUGACUUUGAGACGGAUCUCGCAGACCUGGAAACGUUUGGAGAAUCGUCAUCCGCAUUGAAGAAGACCCAGAUCCAAAACGAACCGCACCCACCUGCAGGUGGAGUGAAACCAGUGCUCUCUCAGCCUGCAGCUGCUCCCAAAGAACUUACUGGCUCCUCAGAGACCGCUGUGGAAGGUUCCAGCAAAGUGGAGCUAGCUCCUGCUGUGACAGAGGCCGACUCCGCGCAGACAGGCUUGGAGGCCUCAUUGUCGACUGACAGGUCUGAGCAGACGGAUUUGAGCUUUCAGUCAGAGACAGAGGGCUCGAGUGCUUGCAGCCCCAUGCAGGGAGCAGGCCGGAGUCCACUGUCCUCCCCCCCGGCCAAGAGGCUGAAGCCAGACCCCGCUGCAGGGCUGGACAAGCUCUCCUCUGGGGGCGAGUCUGACGAAGAGCGGCUGGUGAUUGACGUCCCGUGUUCUCCCAGCAACACCUCAGAGAGAAAGGACAAGACUGAGGCCCAGAGUGUGUCAGAGGGUGCCAAAGAGGCCACAACACCUGCAGACCCCAUCACUGACACCCCCCGCUCACCGUCCCCUACUGUCAUCCCCGACACCCCUAUGUCCCCCUCCCCUGAGCCUGACAAACAGCCCUGCCCUGAACCCCCCUCACCAGAUGUCAAAGAGAAAGCCAGAAAAGCCACCAGGAGGUCCACGCCCAGAGUGUCACAUGACUGUGACCAGCUGGGGCAGAUCCUGCGCAUGCAGACCGCCUUGCUGAAGCCCCGCCCGGACUCCACCCAUGACACAAUGUCUCCGCCCAGGGGCGGGGCCAAUUUAUCUAGCCCUGCCCCCCAAGCCCAGAGCCACCCGCAGUCCCUGGUGAAGCCCUGUGUGUCCUCUUACCUAGAGGCCAGUCAAAGCCCAGUACAGGGGACUUCUCUCAGCUCGGCUGUGAGUGCAUCAGCUGACAGCCAGACACCUGUGCAGAACAAGAGGCUGCUGUCCGAGGAUCUGCUGGUGAGUGCUGAGGACGAGCAGGACUAUGAGAGUCCGGAGGAAGGGAACCUGCUGUACCGGCUCUACAGCCUGCAGGACAUCCUCCUGAUGGUACGCAGCAGCGUGCCCUACGCCCGCUUUAAGAAGAUUGGGACUGGACCCAAGACAGUUCCUGUCCACAUCUUGCCCAAACUGGAGUACCAGCUGUGCUACGGCAUUGAGUGUUUCACCAAGAGUGAAGCCUGCCAGCUGUGGGCCGAGCGGCUGCUCCACUCCAGCACUGUCUCCUAUGUGGGGCACAUUGAUGCACUCUCCUCGAAGCUCUACAAGAUGGAGGAGGUAUCGCCAGAGAGGAUAGUAAACGCUCCCUGCGGCUUCACGCCUGCCAGAUCUCUCAACAUACUCCAUCAUUUGCUGAAGAAGGCUGCUGGUUUACAGGAGGGAAGGUACCUGUUGUGCCAUAAAGCGGGGGAGCCUUUUGUGACCAUUCUGAAAGCAAGCGAUGGGAAGAACAUCUCUCGGACAAUCUACGACCUGCACCAGGCCCACAGCGAACUGCCUCAGGCCCCGCCCCAAGGCCCCUUCCCUUGGGUUCCUGUAGACCCUGCCCACCUCCUCCCCUUCCACAUCAAACACGGACGUAUCCCCUGCACCUUUCCGCCUCAGAUCCACGCCAACCAAGCAGUCAGGGCUAGAGGGCCGGGCAUCCACACAGCAAAGGGCGUGACCACAGCUGUCUGGGGUCGGCCAGGCACCGCCCAAACGUCAGCCAAAAAGAAGAAGAAGAAGAAGAAGAAGAAAAAAGGAAAGACAGCAGGUCCCAAUAACAAGCAAGAACAGCCCGGGAGCCAUGUCCAGACGACACCAGCGCAGUAAAACAGAAGGCAAACGCAACAGGGAAGCUGAGGACUUCAGAAAGCCACUGAAUGGCGAAUCUUCUGCAUUUGGGUUAUUGGCAACUGCUGCAAAAGUCUAAAUCAAUGAUAAUUUCAGAUAGGAAGUGUCUCACUGUAAAAUGUAUUUAUUUAUUGUUUAAUUGUGUCUGAACUGCUCAUUUGUAAAUGUACGGAUCAAUUCUGUGCUUAAAGAGGAGGACCUCUUACUAAGUCAGAAUAUUGUGAACAGCGAUGUCACAUUAUUUGGAAU